GUAUAAAAUUGCAUGGGUUCGUUCAAUUAGGUAUCACUGUUCAAUCAAUCGAUUAUUUGCAAAUAUCGCUGCAUCCUUGCCCAAAAUGUUCUCCAAAUUGGUUAUCGCUGCUUGCUUGGCUGUAGCCGCCGCUAAACCGGAACCAGGAUUGCUGGGAGCUCCACUGGCGUACAACGCUGCUCCGCUGGCCUACGGUGCUGCUCCGCUAGCUUAUGCCUAUGGUGCUGCACCGCUGGCCUACAGUACUCCGUUGAUCCAACAGGGCUUACUUAGAACUGCCUACACCCAGACCGUUGGACGUAGCUAUGCUCCAUCCGUCCUAACUGCCUCGGCUCCAGUCACCACCUAUGCCGCUCCAGUUGCCGCUGCAGCUCCAGUUUUUCCACAGCUUGCCUACGCAGCCCCGAAUAACUUCGUUGCGAGGGCCUUCGCUCCUGCUGUCAUCCCAGCUGUUGGCCCAGCCAUUGCAAGAACCCCAGUUGUGGGCCCAGCGGUCGCAGCCAGAACUCCAGUCGUAAGCCCUGUUGCUCCAGCUCCUGCAGCUCCAGGCUCAGGUGUUGCUGCCGCUCGAUUGACCGCUGCUCGAGCCCCGUUCGCCACCUACGGAGUUCCGGCGGCCACUGUCUCCGCUAGCGCGUAAUCAAUUUGUGUGUGAUAUUUUAGAGCAAUUGCUGCAAUUAAUCGUUUGUAUUGUCACUGAAUAGUUUGUAAGGUU